AUGAAGGUAUCAGUCCCCGAAAACAUUGAGUUUCCCUGCCGCAAGCGUGCCGAUGCUAUCCGUGAAGGUCGUUUGAGGCCUAACCAACUGUGUGGUGAUGAAGAAGAUGACUUGCCGCCUUUGGAAGAGCAGGAUGCUCAGCCUGCGCGGGAGCCAGGCCCAGUUAGACGAACAAUCAAGGACAUCGAAGCUGGGCAGCCUGCCCAACCAUCAAGUGCAUCCGCCAUAUAUCACAAAAGAUGGUUUGAAAUUCUCAAACAUGUUGACUUCAAGGAAGCUUGGUACGAGUAUGCAGAUUGCAAAGUCAACAUCCGAAUCAUUGACAACCAAUGCAUCGGUCCCUCCUCCGACUUCAGUGCAAGCGAUUCUCCUUUCCGGACCACAUGCAUUAAGGAUGAUGACUCUUGGCACGUUCAUGAAGAACACCUGAAGAUUGAUCCUCCAGUCGAAGAUCUUGAGGAAAGCAUCGAACUCCAUGAAGUGAUUGCAACUAUAAUCUCAAAAGAACCCAUCGACCUGAGGAACCGUGUCGACGAGCCAUCGUAUGAGGAGGUGCCAGCAGGAGUGAAGCAGAAGGAGGACCAGGCUGCUUUGGAGAGGUCUCUGAAGCAAGGCACUAGGGUGCGCUUGCUGGCAGACAGAGGCAUCUCUGCAGCUGCUUUGCAAUCACAGCUUGGUGAGUUCUUGCGCUUCCAGAAAAGCAAGGACCUGUGGUGCUACAUAGCGCCACCUCCAACAGGUCCACAGCAAUAUGGGUGGCAUACUUACCCUCAUCCAGAAUGGCUAGCCAAGACAGCUCCCAUGCUCUACGAUUUGGUUGGUCUUGCACCCAACACAAAGUUGCAAAGCAGCAAGUUAGUCACCUGCCUCAAAGGCUUGAUGGAUUCGAACGAGUUGGAAGUCCAAGUGAAACAGGGUCGCUCUGUCCAGGACACUUUGGACCAGUUAGAUUUGACCAUCAGGAUUCUCCUGAAUAUGGUGCGCACAGUGAAGUGUCAGGAGCUUCAAAGAAUCAAAGUGCAGAGAUCUCUUUCCAAGCAAGAUUGGAUGAAGAUUGAGCUUGUGCUUGAUCGUGUCAAGCUUCCUGCUGAGUUGAUGGCUGCUGGCUCUUUGGGCGCACUUGAGGAAGAAGAGGUUCCUCUGCGUACCAUUUGUGCCACUAGCAACAUGGAUGGCCAAAGAGACGCCAGCCCUGUGUCUUCCUCGUCUCUGCCUGCUGUGUUUCAGAAAUUUGAAGACAAGGACAAAGAGGUGCUUGCUUCUUCGGCUUGUGUGCCAUCUAUGGGUGGUAGCAUCAAUGUGGACCAAGUCUUGGCUUCUGCCAAUGUUUACGAAGCAAAGGCUGCUAGCUUGCCCUUGCCCAAGCCCAAAAGGAAAGCAGAGCAGAAGAAGAAGAAGAACAACCAUGCAAAGAACAAGAAGAAGAGUAAAGCCAAGAAGGCUUUGCAGAAGAAAGAGGCUCUGCAAGUGUCUAAGACUAGCAAGAAGCCAGCUCAGAAAAAGCAGGCUGCGCCUGAGGAGACAGAUAAGUUGUCUUCUACCUACAAGGCUGGGGAAAUGACCCAGCAGCGGGAUCUGUACAUCAAGGAGCACAUGGAGAGUGGUGAUUGGUCUAGGUCGGAGGCAUUGAAAUCUUGGAGUACCUCACUUCGCAGGGCAAUGUUGCUCAAGGAUUUGACUGUGGCAGAGCUGGUGAAGAGACGCUUCGUGGCUUCAGGGACCCAGUCCAAUCCCUUUGCUGAGCGUGUCAAGAUGGCUUUGAAUGAAGUGCGACAAGCUUUGCAAGACUUGGGUGUGGAGGUGGACAACUUGAAUGAAAUCCAGCUAUGCAAGGUUCCUACUUGGAAGGAGCAAAUCACCAUGCGCCUAGAACGAACAGACUUCAUGUGGAAGACUACGUCAGCCGACACCCUGGGAUCAUUCCAGCUGGUUCAAUAUGCCUAUGGCUGCAGGCCUUCCUACCAGUCCUACCCUGCCAGUGGUCCAGUUCCUGAGCCAAUGCACCCUCCAAGUUGGAUCAGUCAGCCCAUGAUGUCGAACCCACACCUGCCCCGUGCACCUGCAGAAGAUGGCAAUGACAGUGAGGAGUACUCACAGGUUGAGGUCGCAGUAAAGCAAGGAGACAUUGACGCCCUCUACAGGAUCAUGGCAAGUCUCGACAUCCAGGUGGGUACCGAUGCACCUGAGCAAAGGUCAAGGAAGAAGAAAAAAAAGAAGGCUACUCGAGCAAUUUCCAGGUCGAGAUCUAGGAGACGACGGAAAAAGAGAAGAUCUUCCAGUACAUCAAGUUCAAGGGAGAGAGCUGAAGAUGUGCAUCUGGGAGAGGAUCCACCAGAUCUGACAGCAGACCCUUACCCUGUGCAGGAAAGCCCGGUAUAUGAGCCCUUCGAAGGUGAGGAUGACAUCAGCCUGGCAAGAGACCUUCAGAGCUGGUUGAAUGCCUGA